AGAAAGCCACUAAAGGUUUGUCCGGUAAUUAAUUAACAAAUACCUCAUCAAUACUAACCCCAAUGAGCCGGUAUGUCCAAGAGUCGCAAGUUCGAAUUUCACGAAAGCCAAUUAUUCGAAACCUUCGGGCUACUCGAGGCUUGUCCGGUCGUUAACUUCAUGAUUUCGGAAUUAGUCAAGGUUUUCACAAGCUGGCCUGGACAUCCGGUUAUCAAAAAAUACUCAACCUUGUGGUUUUAUAACUUGUACUCACAAAACUCAGUAUCCUCUGAAAACAACAAAAUCUCACGUCUCUUCGGUUACUUAUACCAGAAAAUUUUAGGCAGCAGUUUUGUACAAUCCCUUACUACACCCCUUUCAAAAAAGUUCCACAGUUCACAUGUUUAACUCUCCUUCAUUCUCCUCAUUGUUACAUAAUUACAUCACCCUCCCAACAAACAUAACUAACCCCAGAACAAAUCCAAACCCCUCUCUGUCUCUCUACAAGAACAAAACAAAUUCUCUCCCCUGUCUCAAUGGCUGAACCACCACCACCACCUCCGGCAAAACGCGGUUCCAACGGCCGCCUACUUCACAAAAUCCUAGCCGCCACCGCCACCCUGGCAAACCUUCUCCCAACAGGCACGGUCCUUGCAUUCCAAGCUCUAUUACCAUCAUUCUCCAACGGCGGCGACUGCCAAAUCACAAACAAGUACCUCACCGCAUCGCUUAUCGUGUUCUGUGCCGACCUUUGCUUCCUCUCCUCCUUCACGGACAGCUUCACCGACUGCAACGGGAGGUUGUACUACGGUAUCGCCACCUUCAAGGGCCUGUACAUUUUCAACUGCGACGGCGAGGAGAGGGAGGGAGCGAAGGAUCUGGCGAGGUAUAAAAUCAGUUGCGUCGACUUCGUUCACGCCUUUAUGUCGCUGUUUGUGUUCUUGAUCUUCGCUCUGAGCGAUUCCGAGGUGCAGGGGUGCCUUUUCCCUGGAGCUGGAGUUGAUGAGAAUGUGUUGGUGAUGAAUCUGCCGCUGGGGGCUGGCGUUUUGUCGAGCUUUCUGUUCGUUCUCUUCCCAACUACGCGGAGAGGGAUCGGGUAUGCCCACCUGACUCCCGGGGAAAGAUGAUGUAUCUGACAUGAUGAUGCCGGAGCCUCCUUUUGCAUGAUACUCUCGCAAAGCUUACAAAGAGUGAGUGAGUCCACGAAAUUGUAUAUUUACAUGUCCUUCUCAUCAGUUCCAUUGGAAUUAUAUGCAAGUUGGUUUUUGUGUGUUAAUUU